CGAAACUCAGUCAGUUGUAUUUUCACGAUGUCGGCGAUCAACACGUUUGUGGCCAUGUGGCGGUUUCUGCUGACCCUUGGCCCCUCGGCCAUGAUCAUCCUGCUCCUGAACAAGGGAAUCCUGGAGCAGCGGCCGGAUAUUGUGGAUGAGCAGCAUCGCGUUCGCUCCAUACAUAUCGAAGAUCUUCGUGAAUCUUACGAUUUUAUAGUCAUUGGCGGCGGAUCGGCGGGUUGUGUUUUGGCCGCCAGACUCUCGGAGAAUCCGGAAUGGAGUGUACUUCUGUUGGAGGCCGGAGGGGAUGAGCCCCUUCUCAUCGAUUUGCCGCAACUGUAUCCGGUGUUCCAGCGAAGUCCGUGGGACUGGAAAUACCUUACCGAACCAUCGGAUCGAUACUGUUUGGCCAUGGAGGAUCAACGCUGCUUUUGGCCAAGGGCCAAAGUCUUGGGAGGAUGCAGUUCCAUCAACGCGAUGAUGUAUAUACGUGGAAAUAGACGGGACUACGAUCAAUGGGCGGAAUUGGGAAAUCCCGGCUGGAAUUAUGACAAUGUUCUGCACUAUUUCCGCAAGUUGGAGGACAUGAGGGUGCCUGGAUUCGAACGUAGUCCGUACCAUGGCCAUGGAGGUCCCAUUUCCGUUGAAAGAUAUAGAUUUCCUUCGCCGCUUUUGGAUAUUUUCAUGAGGGCUGCCCAGCAGCUGGGCAUGGUUCAUCCCGAUGGCGAUUUCAAUGGUCGCUCUCAGACAGGAUUCGCUCCACCGCAUGGAAGCCUCCGUGAUGGAUUGCGCUGCAGUGCCAACAAAGGAUAUAUUCGACGCAGUUGGCAGCGUCCUAAUUUGGAUAUCGUCCUCAAAGCCUUUGUCGAGCGAAUUGUGAUCGAUCCGCAAUCGCAUCGAGCAAUGGGAGUGAUCUUCGAAUACGGUCUGCUGAAGCACACGGUCAGAGCAAAUCGGGAGGUGAUUCUGUCCGCAGGAUCCUUGGCUAGUCCACAGCUGCUGAUGGUCAGUGGUGUGGGCCCGAGGAAUCAACUGGAACCACUAGGCAUUCCGGUGCUGCAGCAUUUACCCGGCGUGGGUGGCAAUCUGCAGGAUCACAUCUCCACCUCGGGUGCAAUCUACACGUUUGACAGUCGACAAAAUCGUCAUCUGUCGUUUAUUGUGCCCGAAAUGAUGAAUGAACAGGCGGUGGAGGAUUUCGUUCAAGGAUCAGAUAGCUUCUUCUACGCCAUGCCAGUGAGUGAGGUGAUGGGCUUCUUCAGCACUCGCUAUCAGGAUCCCCGACUGGAUUGGCCCGAUGUUCAGAUCUUUAUGGGUAGCUAUGGCUAUGGAGCCGAUGGUGGAAUGAUUGGUCGCAGAGGAGCUGCCAUUACAUUGGACAACUAUGCCGAGGCAUUUGAGCCGGUGAUCUACCAGGACUCGUUUGUGAUAGCUCCACUGCUGAUGCGACCACGCUCCAGGGGAUUCCUACAGAUACGCUCUGCAGACCCUAAAGUCCAUCCCCUAAUCCAUGCCAACUACUAUGACGAUCCGCACGACAUGGCCGUGAUGGUGGAGGGCCUGAAGUUGGCCCAUCGUCUAACCCAAACUCCGGUGAUGCAAUCCCUGAAUGCCACUAUGAACAUCUACGAGUGGCGCAAUUGCCCGGAGGUGGAGUACCUCAGCGAUGCCUUUUGGGAGUGCUUGGCCAGAUUCUACUCGCAGACGAUCUACCAUCCGGUGGGCACAUGCAAGAUGGCACCAGCUUCGGAUCCCGCCGGUGUCGUAGAUCCCCGACUGCGGGUCAGAGGAAUGCGGGGAUUGCGGGUCAUCGAUGCCAGUAUAAUGCCCACUAUUCCAACUGGGAAUACGAAUGCUCCGACUCUAAUGCUGGCGGAAAGGGGAGCGGAUAUCAUCAAGGAGGACUGGCGCCACUAUAGAGAUGGAGGCUGGGGUUAGGUACCAUGAUAUUUUUUCUUUUGUACUUUAAUUUAAACCAAUAAAAUAAUUUUUAAACAGA